ACGGGAAGCAGAUGUCAAUUUGGUCCCGAUGAGUGUAUUGGAAUGAGUUGCCCAAAUGGAGGUGUAUGUCAUGAUUUACCUGGUCUGGGAACAACUAAAUGUAUUUGCAGGACUGGUUUUACUGGUCCGGAUUGUUCACAAAUUGUUGAUCCAUGUUUUAUGGAUAAUCCAUGCAAACAUGGUGCUGAUUGUGUUCCAUUACAAUUGGGACGAUUUAAAUGCAAAUGUUUACCGGGAUGGACUGGACCAACAUGUUCAAUCAAUAUUGGUCUGAUCAAUUGUUUUUUUUUUUCUCCUCUCAACAUUUUAAUUAAAUAUUCAAUAAUUAAUAAUGAUUUUUUAACACUUAAUCAUAAUAACAUAUGA